AUGGUAGCAAGGCAGAAUGGGACGGCCUCUUCCACAGUUUGGCUACUAUCGAAUGGUAACUGUCAGGCCCUAGGACAUCUGCAACAGGAUAUUGCGGAGACUUCAACUGUCGUUUCGGAAACACCCAAUUAUGUCACUGCGUCGAUGAUUCGCUCACAGAUGUGGAAAGUCUCUUUUAUGUCAGCCGAAGUAUAUAAGCGAAUCCGAUCAAUCCCAAGCUUAUCCUGGAAUGAAUUCGAACGCGUUUCAUCUGAACUAGACACAUGGCGCCAAGAGCUCUCCGGUGGGUUACAACUACAGGCUCUCGCCUCACAUAAUAAUGGGCUACCUCCUGAACAAAGAAGAGGGCUUCUCCAAGUCCAUAUGGUUUAUCUCGAAAACCGAAUGCUCCUUUUUCAACACUUCUUACAACGACAUACCGAAUCCAAGUUACUGCAAAUGAAUGCAAAUACCCGCCAAAUAUAUGCGGCAUUUGCUCACCAACUCGCAUGGAUAAUUUCCAUUAUAUAUCUGGACAAAUGGCCAUUUGUGCGAAAUUGGCUUGUUAUAGAAAUGCCCUCGAAGUCUUGGUCAGCCUUAGUGGCCUCAUUAAUAACUCUUGGUGUUUCGGUUACGGUGACUGCCGCCAACAGCUUUCCUGACAAUUGCAAUGCUAGUUGUCAAGCGAGCAUCGAGCAAGCCCUAGCGCAGGAACAGGCGGGCUGGGUCAGUGCUAAUGUAUCAUCCGAUUCUUUUUACGGAAAUCCAGCAAACAUCUCUGACUACGCCGCCGGCGAUAUCGUAAGAUGGGAAGAUGUACCUAGCCAGCAGUAUACGACAGUUGGUUACGAUACUCCGCCGGCAACUACGCUGUCCAGAUUCCUCUACAUGAGUGAAGAUAUCGAUGGCAACCCUAUCCCGGCCAGUGCGUUCUUGUUACUUCCCUUCACAAAUCAGGAUGGCAGCGGAAAGCCGCUCCGAACGGUCGUUUGGACGCAUGGUACGGCGGGCAUUACCCGACAAUGUGCACCCUCUAAUAAUAAGGGGCUGUAUUAUGAAUGGGAGGGCCCAUUUGCGUUAGUCCAGCAAGGAUACGCCGUCAUUGCCCCCGACUAUGCUGGCCAGGGUAGUGAUAUACCUAUGGGCUUCAUGUACGAGUCCGGUGCCCUGCACGCUCUGGACGUGAGCUUUGCCCUCCAGGCCGUGAGGUCAAGGCUUCAGGAUCGAAUCACCCAUGAAUGGGUAGUGGUCGGCCACAGCGAAGGUGGCAUGACCGCAUGGCGUGUGAAUGAACGAGAAAAGCGAAACGCGACGGGUGGAUUCCUGGGCGCCGUUUCGGGAGCCCCGGCGCUGCGCCCGCUCUCCCUCAUCCCACAAUCAUGGCGCCUCGCUGGAGAUGGCCCCGUCCAUGAUGUUGUUUCAAUUUUUGUGCUGCAGUCAAUAUCACGCCUGUUCCCUUCCAUUAAGGUCGAAAACUACGUCAGCGAUAUCGUCGCAAGCCGUAUCCCAAUUGCUCAGCAAGGAUGCUUGGGAACCGGCUCAACGAUCUAUGGCAAUCUCACUUUACCACAACUGUAUAAGAACAUCAGCUGGAUUAACCAUCCCGAUGUCAUUGAGUGGCAACAGAGCUAUAACGGUGCCGGUACUCACGAAUUAGCAGCUCCAAUGUUGGUUCUCCAAGGAACGGCUGAUGAGUUGGUUUAUGCAAACCUGACAGAAUGGGAUUAUGAUCAGACAUGUAGCACAUUUCCUAGCAGUGUGAUGCAGCUCUAUAUUUAUCCGGACCUUAACCACGACUUUGCCUUCAUUGCUGGGCAGGCGCAAUACUUGCCGUGGAUACGUGACCGAUUCGAGAAUGUCUCGUUGUCUGCCGCAUGUAACAAGACGACUGUAACAGUACCUGGACCUGUCUAA